ACCAGAACCUCGGAAAUCACAACGAUUCUCUUCGACCUGGACAACACCCUCAUAGAAACACGAAAGGGUGAUUGUUUAGCAUGCAAAAAGGUGGCAAAUUCCCAGAAUUAAUUUUAGACCAAACCAAAGAGAUAAAUCUAGAGUGUCAAAAGGGCAAGGCUAGUCAUCACCGAGAGGAUUGGGAGUGGUGCCAGUGAUAUCCUGACUCUCCACGAAAAUCUCCACGAGAAUCUCCACCGAAAUACCAAAAAUCCCCAUUAAAAAAAAAAAAUGAGUAUCCCAGAGGGUGUGAUGAAAUGUGUAUCAAUUCUGAAGAUGGUGAGCAGUGAUUCAGAGAAAUUCGCAGCACUUUUUAUGGUGACAAAAUUGGUGGACAAAGAGUGCAGUGUCGAGGCGAAGAAACUCCUCUUCGAGGCGAUAGGUUCAAAAUUCCUGAAGAAAUUAUUGCUGAGCAAUGAAGUACCAGUGGAUUGUCCACCCCAGGUGUGUAAAUCGGUGGCUUUAUCGAUCCUCUCAGCGUUCUGCAUGGAGCCAGAGCUUGCCUCCCACCAGGAGAUGAUAGUCCAGGUGCCAGGUCUCCUGGCGAUGGUGUCGCAGAGUGAAGAGGACGCGUCAGACGACAAUCUGAUAGCAGUGAGCGAGGCGUACACCGUCCUGGAAGCAAUAGCCCAGCAUCCCCCAGGUCAGAAGGCCCUCCUGGAAGAGAAAGCUAUUCCCAAAAUGUGUGAGAUCUACUCGGAGAAGAGUUUUCAAACGGACAAAGCCCUGAAUAUCCUCGUAGCCCUGGUGAGCCACCUGGGGCCUGAGGCCUGGGACGCCCUAGACACCUCCCCCUUCCACGGAAUUCUCAAUAAAAUCGCCCUGGACUUCGAGACAGAUCACUCAGAGCGUAAAUUCCAGCUGUGCCCCAUUCUCCAGGCACUCCUGUCAUCCUGCAGAAAAGAGGCUGUCGCUGACAGCUGCAAGGAGGAAUCCUGGCCCCAGAGUCUCCACAAGGGCCUCUCUGAUAUUCUCUGCUCGAAGAUUGGAAAGAACCAGAGAGAUCCCGCCCUCAAGCUCGCCUCCGCCAUCCUGGAGGUUCUCGGAGCUGAAUGGGCAGUCAUGGACGAGGAUAAGCCAAAAGUUCUCUUCCUCAUGCUCAUCCAACUGGCAUCAAUCGAGAUCAGGAUGCAGCUGGAGGGCAAACAAUUGAAGACUGUUGUCCAGAGUGGUGAACUCAUCACAUCUUGUUUCGUUAUCCUGGAGAUCUGCCUGUCGUACAUAACGACCGAUCAGCUCGAUCUUGAGCAGAAGGAGAAACAGUCUCUCUACACAGCCCUCAAGGGUGCAUUCUCAGCAGUCAUUGGUCUGUUGACGUCUGUCUCCAAGAUGAAGGAAUUGACUGACAUCAAGGAACGAGUCUUUGUCUGCGCUAUGGUGAGAGUUCUCGCAGCCUGGCUAGCCCAGGAGACGUCUGCCAUGAGACCCCAGGUCUACGCCAUUCUCCCAUUCAUCCUGACAGUCGCCAAUGACACGUUUUACGCCAACAGGAAUAGGAGACUCUCGGAGAAAGCAAGGGCUAGGUCUGACGAGUGCUCCUCCAUGGAUAUCCAUCAUGAUCCUCUCAGUGAGGUCGAUGUACUCAGGGUUAUGCUGCCAGCUCUAUGUUAUCUAGCUGUUGAAGAAGAGGCCAGGAAGAUUCUACUCAAGCACAAGCAGGACGAGGUGUUGUUCGAGUGUCUAUCGUAUCACUGGACAAUUGUUCAUUAUAAAAAACCACCAGUACCGAGGGCUGAACGUCUCAAGGCACUCAAGGAACCUGAGAAGGAGCUCGAUCCUAAGACCCUCGAGGAAAUGAAAGACUCCAGAGCUGCCAUGGUAUCUAUCUGCAAUGUACUCAUGAAUAUUACUGUACUCGAGGCUAAACUCGUGGAGCAAUCGCCAACAUUUGUCUCGAUUCUCAAAUUUAUUCUGAAUAAUCUACCUGAGUUGAAGCAGACCAGUGAUAAUCUCGUGCUUCAUGGACAUCUAGCUGUCCUUGGUCUGCUGUUACUCAAACAACAGGCGAAACUUGUGAAGAAAAAUGACUUCAGCAUCUGGAGGUACAUCCAGGCGACGAUAAGAUUUCUCUGGGAUGCCUACGUCGUUGAUGAGAGCAGUGAUCCCACUGAACUUGUUGUUGCAAUGUUCUAUAAAGAACACUGGAUGGAGAUCAUGGAGUUGUGGUUCCUCGGGAUGCAGACCAUGGCUGGGGUAUUCUCACUUAUCCCCUGGCUCACCGAAUUCGCUAUUGAGUCAGAGUGGAUUGAGGGCAUGAUUGAGGUACUCAAGAAGGUCAGGAUUGGAUCUCUACCUCCUAAUGUCAAAUCUGCUUAUGAGGAUUUACUUUGUCAUCUUGUCAAGGCUGAUGCCAAUGUUGUUUCGGUACUCAAGAAAAAUGGGGCACUCACUGUCUGCAGGAAUCAUCGGAUGAUGGAACUUGGCAAGAGCCUCUUCGGGGAUUGAGAGGGGGGGGCAUACGUGCAGCUACUUUUUCUCGAGGGUCGAUGUACAAAUAGGCAUUUAUCAUUUGUUCAUUAAUUUUUUUUCGGGGGGACAUCGAAAUCGGGGAAAUGUCGUUUUCUCGAGUAAAUUCUGAUUUUUAAGAAGAGAUUUGAAAAGAUUUGAAAAUUCUGGCGGUUUUUUUUUUUAUUU